CCAGUUUCUCUUUUUGUCCACAACGUUGUUGCCGUUGUCUGUUACGUCGCGAGGAGCAGCUUAUGGCCGCCAGAACCGGCCAAGUGGGGCUCCGAUCCGAACUGGCUGUCCGUCGUUGCUCGGAGAGCACUGUCUAUUGGCAGCGCCGAAGCCUAUCGAAAUGGUGCACCGACACUCUGGCCUCUCUCCACAACCCCGAGAGCCGGUCGCCUACGCUUUGGUAUGUCUGAGAAAUGCGCUGCCCUAUCGACGAGACGGCAGAAGACCGUCUGUCGCUGGGCUCGGGUGCACCUACCGACGGUCUCCAGGCCGGCCGGAGACAGAGCCUCAGAGCUGGCCUCGAUCCGACGCGAGCCUGGCCGUCUGGUCGUCUGCCUGACCGCCUCGGGACUCGACUUCACGACCACUCGACGCUCAGCGGCUAACCAGCCUCGCGAGGGCAACGAUUCCCUUUGA